GAGGACGAGAGAGGGAGGGAGCUGUGCGCUCUCCUCCCAGCAGAGCGCGUCCCGCUACACACACACACACACACACACACACACACACACACACACACACACACACACACACACACACACACACACACACACACACACACACACACACACACACACACACACACACACACACACACACACACACACACACACACACACUCCCCUCUCUGCUUCCAGGCGGCGCGGCCGGCUCGUCUCUCCCCCUCCCGGACACCGCAGAUGAUCCCUCACAUCCGAGCGCCUUCCGCGAGCACCAGAGAAACUCUUGCCGUCUCCGUUUCACUGUUUUCUCCACAGUCACCCGGCGCGUUUGGAUUACGGAGAGCAGCAAACAGCGUCGGCGCGUAAUUCCCGAAAUCAUGGAAUUGUGGAUAAAGUUGAUGUUGUUGUACAUCUGCUGCUGUGGCGCAAACGCAGACUUCGACGGCAGGUGGCCCCGACAGAUGGCAUCAUCAAAUGGCCUGUGUCGAUACGGGGCCAGGGUGGACUGCUGCUGGGGAUGGACGCGUCGUUCCUGGGGUCACUGCCAGCCUCUCUUCGCCUUAACUCACAGAGUAGCCGGGAUAAGGUGCCGGCCCCAAGCUGUGUGCCAGCCUGCCUGUAAACACGGAGACUGCGUGGGGCCGAAUAAAUGCAAGUGCCAACCCGGCUUCACGGGCAAGACCUGCAAUCAAGAAGAGGCGCUGGACUACUUAACCCCAGCAGUAUGGACCAGUCACCUUCCUAUAUUUCUUCCCAUGGACCAUCUGCCAGUGGGAGUGGUGAUGGAGGACCUGAAUGAGUGCGGGCUGAAGCCAAGACCCUGCAAACACAGGUGCAUGAACACAUUCGGGAGUUACAAAUGCUACUGCCUGAACGGCUACAUGCUGAUGCCGGACGGGACCUGCGGAAAUGUUCGCACUUGUGCCAUGGCCAACUGCCAGUACGGCUGCGAGGUGCUGAAAGGAGAGGUCCGAUGUCAGUGUCCGUCGCCGGGGUUACAGCUGGCUCCUGAUGGAAGAACCUGUGUGGAUGUGGAUGAGUGUGCCACAGGGAUCGCCGUGUGCCCCCGGUUCAGGAAAUGCAUCAAUACCUUUGGCAGCUACAUCUGCAAGUGCCACGAAGGCUUCGAACUGCAGUACAUCAAUGGGAAAUACCAGUGCCACGAUGUGGAUGAGUGCUCUCUGGGUCAGAGCCACUGCAGCAGCUUCGCCACCUGCUACAACACGCCGGGCUCAUACAAGUGCAAAUGCAAAGAGGGCUACAGGGGGAUGGGGCACGACUGUAAACCUAUUCCAAAGGUGAUUAUUGAUCCUCCGAAACCAGGCAAACUCCCUCCAAAUCAUCACAACCAGAUUCCAGAUUUGGAUCACCGUAGGACCACCACCACACGGUCACCAGUGACUCAAAAGAGAAUCUUCCCCAUCACCCCUAAAUCAACAACCAAAGCAACGACCAAACCGCCGCUGCCUCCCAAGAGGGUCACUCCAACUGCACUCAAGCCAGUGGUUCCUACCCGGAAGCCCUUCAUCCCUACAAGAAAGCCCUUCAUCCCUACCAGAAAGCCAUCAACACCCACACGCAAACCCUACAUCCCACCAAGGCCUGUGGCUCCCACCAGACAACCCACGCCACCGCCAUUUGUCACACCAGUGGACAACACUAUCCAGAAGGAGGUCACUAAACAGAGAGGGGAUGUCCAUAUCCCUCGGAACAACGGCCACAACACCGUUCUCGUCAACGGCUUUGACAUUGAGCUUGGCAACACUGCAGAUGAAGCCAAGGAUGACCCAGAGUCGGGGUAUCUGAGCUGCUCCUUUGAUGAUGGUCUUUGCGGUUGGAUCAGGGACAAAGAUGGAGAUCUGCACUGGGAGACGACGCCUGAUCCGACAGGUGGCCGGUACCUCACAAUCCCAGAAACAGGAAAUAAGAGGACAGGACGAGGGGCCCGGCUGGUACUUCCGCUCACCCCGCCCUGGAAUGAUGGGAACUUGUGCCUGUCAUUCCGGCACAAGUUGGCAGGACACCAUGUGGGAAUGCUUCAAGUGUUUGUGAAGAAAGGAAAACAGUACAGUCCAGCAGUCUGGGGCCGAACGGGUGGUAACGGAUGGAGGCACACACAAAUCACACUCUGGGGUACAGGCCUGGAAAGUGUGAUCCUCAAGGGGGAGCGUGGGCGAGGCAGGAGUGGGGAGAUGGCUGUGGACGACAUCACCUUGAGUAAAGGCACCUGCACAGAGGAACACAAUCUGAGGAGACUCUGACUGAUGGAGCAGAGAAGGACAAGAAAAAACAGGAUGGAAAAUCAUCUCAAAGGAGAAUUGACUCUGUUGUGACACCGCACUCUCUCUCUCUGCCUGAGCCCUCACUCGUCCCUCGCUCAUCACUCCGGUGCUCUUGUGAACGGUAUCAUCUACAGAAUAUUGGGUUUCCCUUGCUUGACCGUCCAACCGUGAAUAAAACGGACUGAACAGAAUCUCAUAGGUGGAUCCUGGCGGCACAUUCAGAUCCUCACGCUCCACAUCCUUCAAACUCAGAAAUUUGCAUGCGCUAAUUUAUCAUGUUCACAUCCUCCCCCUCACACGGGCCUUGGCAUGCACAGCUGAGAGGGUGAGAUUCAGUCAUUUCUUCCUGGAGAGAGGACUAUUCCUUUACUUUGGAGUCUGCUUUUGCCAAACUUUCAAAUUUUAACCACAAGUCAUUGCUUUUGUUUAGCUUGAUAGUAAAACAUGUGACCUGGGGUGCAUCUUGUGGCAGUUUUAAUGAGCAUAGUGGUAUAUUGAUUUUUUGGUGCAUUUAUGUAAUGUAAGAGACAGUGCUCUGAUCAGAAUUUACGUUUAAACCAGAUUCAGUGUAAACUGUAAACAAAUUCUUCCCCUUUCUUAAAAAAUCCAAUUCACAUAGAACCUUUUUUUCCAAGAUGCCUUUCAAAUAACAGCCACCUGCUCGUUUCCUUCCUUUUUUAUUGCUUUUUGGCCUGAUUGUAAUAUUUAUUAUAGUGCCAUCUACACCACCUCACGCAUACUCUCGUACACUAUGUUCAUAGGCUACCGGCCCAAAUCACAAUUUUAGCAUAUCCACAUCAUUUAUAGAUAGAUUUUUGGCAGUCUGACGAACCAAAAGCUACAUGAAAUAUAUAUACAUAUGUAUAUUUCUUUUUUCUUAAUGUGAUUCAAACCACAGGAAGUUCCAAAUAAAAUUCCAAUUGGAUUUUCACAGAUGUGUCUCGCUCUGAACAACCCUAUUUUAGGUUGUUCAAAUUGGAUAAAAUUUUGGAUCAUUUGCAAUGCAACACAAACAAUGAUUAUGUCUGCCACGGUGGGAAAGCGCUCAAUUUGUUCUGUUUUCAUCAUAGACUGUAUAAAAGCAACUGGACAAACCAUCUGGGACAUGAAGAUAUUUAUAUCCUGAAACAUAGAAUGGACGAUAACAAGAAGGAAGAAAUCCUCGAAAGUGGGCAGAACACACUGACCUUUACUCAGCCACUUAGUUGAGGUCAGCUUAGCUCAUGUUAAGUUGGGAUGAUAACUAGCAUUCAUUCUCAUCGAGUCUGGCUGGUUAUUUUUGUAGUGAUAUCUUAUAUAAAGGCUUCCAAAGCUGAAAUGAGGGCUGCCAAAUCUCCAGCGAGGUCUGACAGAGCCAUUUGUCACUAGCUAAGCCUCUGCCUUGCUGGGGUUCUCAAGCAGGGUAGCCAGCAACGCUGACUGGACUCGAAGUGUAAAUCAGACCCCACCAGCUUGGCCAUGAAAGGUGUUGUGGCAAACGUGCAUCACCUGGACUGCAAUUGUAAGUCAGACCCCACCAGUUUGGCCUUGAAUGGUGUGGUGGUGAACGUUCAUCACCUGGACUAGGCAGACAAAGCAUUACCCAGCUCAGUGCUUGGCCGACUUGUCAACAGCUGCCUCCGGCAUGAGGCCGAUUCAGCAGGCAUUCGGUGGCCUUCUCCCCUGGACCCUUGAGACCAACCUGCAUGAUGUCAGUAAAAAUUGUCUCACUUUUGGCACCAGACCCUAGAGGUCAUUAAAGGCACUGCAAGUUUUUCAACUUCUGAAUUGAAGACUAAUAAGCAAACUAUAUUUAGCCGCUUGCCACGACAGUUAAAGCAUCGACUACAAUGGCAUAACAUGGACGGACGCUGAAAUACAGCGUUACACAGUAGCCUCCUCCUGCACUUUCUUAUACUUUAUUGAAAAUCUACACUGUGGCUUCACAUAAUCAUUUGCAACAGUGGCAAAACAACUCCACCACUCUUCACUAUGGUUUGUUUACAUCAUUUCUAUACAUGUAAAUAGAUCACCAUAGCAACGAUGUAGAUUAAGGACUGUCACCAAGGAGACGCUGAUCAGAUGUGAUCACUUCCAAUACACAAUCUAAACAGUCAGUGUGGAAAAUUAGAUUCUGAUUGGAAAUGACUUAAAAUUGGAUUUACAGUAGGCUAUAAUCUGAAGAUAGCCUUACAUAUCGCAGUACAAACUUUUUUUUAUUUUCCAUGACCACGUAUUGGAUACGCUAUGCUUUCAAGCUGCCUGAAAUGUGCAAAAACAGGAUCAGUUCAUGAUUUUUGACACAAAUUAACAGUUUCUUUCUAUUGUGCUUUGUUAUAUUAAGUACAUUUGUAUACAGACAACAAUACAAACAACUUUUUUCACAAACGGUACACUUGUAAAUGUAGUUGUGUGUACAUACUCUAUACAAUCCCAUUUGUUGUGUGAUUUAUAUGUUAUGUAAAUUCAAAUAUGAAUGUUAAUUGGAUUUCAAGUGGUUGGUAUUUCAUCUUUUAAUUAAAGAACACAUGGAAAGAUG